AUGAACAUCUAUCUCAACGAAAAUACCACUCAGCUUGUCCGAAAACAGGUUCUUGAGGCAUUUAUUGCCUUCACAAAGGCCAAUCCGAAUCUCCGUCAACAAAUCUUUUCAGUUUCACCUCUUUCUCUUUGGAUUCUCAAACCUCCAAAGAUUGACGGAAAGUCACUUGAGAGCUUAAUCAUAUUCACGACCGAGAUGGUUUCCAGGAACAUUGUCGAUGCCAAGUCAAUUCUCUCUCCUCUACUUUCCAUUUCCGCCCCUCCACCAGACACAGAAGUCCCGACUUCUCUCAUUCUAUCUCUUGUUCUAAACGAGACUCAGCGGUCGAAACUCAGUCCGGCAGACCUGAUAGAGUCAAAGUUCCUUGAGGAUUUCAUCCUGAUUCCUGAUGACAAGCAGCUUGCAUGGUUCAUGUCUGCGCACCAGGAGUUCCUCAAACUGGCGCAGAUUGCGUAUUCGUCUCCAUCGGCCCAAGAAUGGAGAUUUCCUGUCAUCCAGGCCUUCAUCAAAGCAUCACAGCAUUUGUCUGAUUUCCCUUCCUUCGUAAACUUCCUCUCAGCUUUGUUCACAUCGAACUUCUCAACACAGAUUGUUCAUUUACUGCUUAACUUUCUAAACAGCAAUGAUCUGGUUAGACUUUUAUGCCAGGAGUUAGUGAAAAGACAAGAAGCUCCUGGAUUCUUCUUUGAAGCAAAUGGACUGCAGAUUUGCUGUGAUUACGUAAAGGAGAAUCCAGAAUCGGCUGAGAGAAUUCUCCAGAUAUUUGCCAGUGCUGCUUGCCAUGAACAACAACCAGAAAUCGACAAUUUCUUGAAUGAGUUGGAUUUAGACCAUCCGAUCUUUUCUGUCAAAAGAGAAGUCUUGGAGCAAAUCUGCUUCGGAUCCAGGAAGACACACUGUGUAAGAAUUCCUUCUCUACUUCCCUACGUAUCUGACUAUGACUCUGAUUUGCCAUCAAACCAGUAUUUGGCAGGAAGAUUUGCAAUCCCUGCAUACGAAAGAAGAAACAUUGAAUUUGAAAAAAUCCCUCACAUUAAUAAAAUUAUCAACCGUUACAUCGAUGUUAAAUAUCUAGGAAACCUAACAAAAUUAGGUAAAUACUUCGAUGCCAAUUCCGACUGCUUCCCUGUUGUUGAACUAAGCAAAACAAGCCGACCAUCGACAGCGAGAGUUCCCUUCAACGCUAAGUCCAUCAGCUUCUGGUUCAAAGUCAUCGACAAAGAACAGAAGAGUUGCCAGAUUCUGGCUGCUGGUUCUCUCACAAUUUCUAUAUUUAACUCAAAGAUCCACGUGAACACAAACAAAGAGGUUCUCACUGCAACGCACGUCGGAGGGCAGUGGCACAACAUAAUUUUGAUAUUCGACACACAGAGGAAUUCAAUAUCGAAAGUUACAGUUUAUGCAGACGGCUCCGAAUUAGGCGUCUUCAAAGGAAUGGACGAGCAGGUUCCAAACGAGAUAUUAUUCGGAGAUAACCAAGGGCCAAUGAUGACAAACGUUUUGAUCUCAUCAAAUUUACUUGUUUCAAACAAUGAUUUGAAUGCACAAUACGUGUACAAACAGGGACCAAAAUCUUCUUUCAAUGGAGAGCAAAUUUCAGCAAUAAUCACAGAUAGGUCAUCAAUAAAUGUUGGAUAUCUUGGCAUUGCAAUUUAUUUCACAAAUUUCGUCGAAAUUGAGAAGUUGUUUGAAAUCGCAGAAAAGUUCGAUAAUUUCGAAGAUUUCAGAGAUUUGUUGAUCGGACUUAUCUCGAUAAGAUUGUGCAACAGCGAUGUCCUAGACAUACCAAAGUUCUACACCAGAUUCACUUUGAGUCUGAAGAGAAAGAACGAAAUGGUUUCCGAAAACAUUUUGAGCUUUCUCAACUCAAUUCCAUUCACGAAAUCAUCGAGAACAGAGAGAACUCAAGCUUUAUUCUACGUUCUGACAGAUAUAGAACUCUUCAAUGUCAUCUCUCACGAAGCUUCAGUGCAAUUCCUUCAGUUCGUCACUGCCACUUUGGGUGCUUACUUCGAUCUGACAGAGCUGUUCAAAUUAGACACUGCGAACUUCAUCAUUGCAAUGAUGAGGAGCGGCGUCGAUGAAUCGGUUUCUCUCGCAGUUUGCCCGAUUUUGACAAAAUUAAUUGCAACAGAGCAAACAGAGAUCGCAUUGAGAACAUUCCUGAACACAUCCAUCUCUUCAUCUGAGUGGGAGCAUAGAUUGCCAAUUUCUAUUUUGGACUACCCAAUUUCUUCAAUAUUAACAAUGCCAAUGUCGAAUUCGAAGUUGCAGGAAAGCCUUCUGCAAAGCUGGGUCUCUUGUGUAAGGCAAAACACAAAUGAACUCUUGAUGUAUAACGAUUUGGUCGAUAUGAUGCUGCUUUUCGAAGAUGAAAAAAGUUUAGCUUUCGGAGAAAUUAUUUGCUACUAUUCACAGAAGAAUUCGUUCUAUAUUGGUGUUUCUCAAACAGCAAAUUAUGCAUUUGCACGAUUAGCGAAAUACAAGAGAGCAUGGAUUUGUGCACUUUCAAUUUUAGGCGGAUUACCAUUUACUAAAACAAAUUUACCACAGAUUGUCCAAAUAGAGCGACCUGCAGCAUGUGGAAUAAUUCUGGAGAUGCUUUGCAACUUGACAUCUUUAGUUGCAAGGAACCAAAUAUUCAAAACAGUUGAUCCAGAACUCAUCGAUUUACACGUCAAAGUAUUCCAAGUCCUCUCGAACAUUAAACAAGACCAGUAUGCAUAUUUCCUACAACCAUCAAACGUAAUUCUAAUAUAUAAACUGUCCAAUCUUGGAAUUAUCCCACAAUCAUUGGCCAGCCAAUCUGAUGGCGCUCGCACAGAAAACAACUGGAAAGAAGAAAUUGAGGGCGAGAAACUCACUAAACCACAGCUGAAAACUGUAAAGAGACUCCUUGGUACUGAAAACGAAUAUAUAUCGACAAUAAUAUCCCAGGAGGACUUAGUUGAAUCAAAAUCCAUAAUAAAUACUAACUACUAUGGAGAGUUUCCAUUUGAUUGCUAUGAUGAUGAGUGGCUAAAUGAUGUUCCAGGCAUCAACCACGUGAUUAACUUCAUCUGCUCUUGUUUAUUAGCCGCCGAUUCCGAGUUCUUCUGUCUCCUUUUGGAAGAUUUGUACACUGGUAACUCCUUGAUGUACAGUUCUUAUAGAAAGUACUUUGGGCCCGAACUUGUUUCUCAACUCUUGAUCAAGCUGUCGGACUCUGAAGAGCCAAUAGAGAUGUAUCACAUACCUUUGAUGGUUUUCGUUGACAAAUGUAUUUCACAGAAACAAUUUUCCGAAAAAUAUAUUCACAUUCUCUCCUUAGUUUUCAACAUGAUGAAAUCAAUUGAAAUGAGAGGAGAGUUUGAGAAACUCCUCCAGGACCAAAAUUGUCUGAAUAGCUAUAGGCACUUCUUGCUUGGAAGUUUCAUAUACGUUCACCACGACUCUUUAUUUGAGUUGUAUCAACUUCUCGCAAAUAACAAAAACGUUGUUUUCCACCCAAUUAUUUUCGAAGAUAUAAACUUCUCGACAUUUUGGAUGCACCUAACAAAAUCAAACAAAUUCGAUACAGACGAUUUAGCCUUAUGUAUGUCGCUUUUCGUUUCUGUCUUCGAUCCAAACAUCAUCGCAAACUUCAAUCCGGAUGAUGUCAGCUCAGAGUGGGAGCAGUAUUCGUUGACUUUCUUUGGAAAUGAGGACGAGAAGAGUGAAAAGAAGCUAGCAAAGGCCAAAGAAAUAAUCGAAAACGAAAAAACAGUGAUGAAAUUAGUUUCAACUAACACACACAUUAUGUUUGCCUACAGAGCUGCAAAUAUUUUCGUGCAAAGCAAUAUGAGCAUCAGGUACAUAAACAACUCGCAGAGAAGACUGGAAAGACAAUUCUUCGAUUUCUGCAGAACCAAGAAGCAGAUUGAGUUGAGAUAUUCGAAGCCGAACUCAUUCCAUCUGUCACCAAAUCACUUACCUGUUUACCAACCGAGAAGCGUUUGCCCGUCUCCAUUUGCCGUUCGUUGCCCUCCAUUCGAAAUUGCAGCUACUCCGGAAUAUUUCGCAAUGAAUUACAUUGAAAAGUUGCAGAGAAUCAAAAUAAUUGAUGUAUUGGGACAAAUCAUUGCAAAUCCAGAAUUAUGCUAUUUCCAUAAUGAGGGAAACUUACCUUAUACAUCUCCUUUCGAGUACUCGAAAUUUGUUUUCCAGUCAACGAAAUCUUUAUUGAAAUCAUUCUACGAUACAUUUCCUGAGGUUGAUGAAAAGAUGUCUCCACUCAAGGUAACGUUUUAUUUCUACAUCCACGAAAUCCCUUCCAUUCUUUUCAUCGGCGAUAAAAAACUCAUCAUCCUUGUUAUGGCAGAUUUAGAUGAAUCUGGUGGAAUCAAACUUUUGAAAGAUCCUCCAGGCAGAAUUGCUUUUAUCCCAUUCACAGAAGGCAUUUCCCUAAAUGAAUGGAACACUUCAUUGUUCUGCGGCCACAUAUGCAUAUUUGUUGACAUAGAAAGCAUUCCUUUACUAAGGAAACACAUGAUUAUUCACAAACCAGUUGCCUUACUCAUUGACCAGCUUCUGCAGCCUGAGAUCAUCCUUUCUUUCAAGUCAGAAGAUGUUGCUACAGAUUUCGAGAAGUUUUUAAACAAGAAGAGGCUGAGCGUCUAUUCUACAUUUCCUUAUUUGUUUUCGAUUUCAUCACAAAGCCUAGCCAGCGAAAUGUGGCAAAACUACCAACUUUCCAGUUUCGACUAUCUACUAUUACUCAACAACUUUGGAGGAAGAAGUUUCGCUGACUUAGCUCAGUACCCAGUUUUUCCUUGGGUCUCUUCACCAGAUUUGGAGCCAAGGGACAUGUCCCUCCCAAUGGGUCAGCUGAACCCUCAGAGAGCGGCCCACUUUGACACAACAUUCGCCCUUUCAAACCCUCACUAUUACUAUGGUUUCCACUACAGUUUGCCAGGCGCUGUCUUCUGGCUCAUGAUGAGACUUCCUCCUUUCACUUACUUUGGCUGGGAUUUGAACUCGGGCUGGGAUAACCAAGGAAGAUUAUUCAUGUCUGUUAAAGAUGCAUAUUCAUCAGCUUCAGCACGAAAUCCUUCCGACCUCAAAGAACUCGUCCCACAAAUAUAUACAGUGCCAGAGUUGUACUUGAACACAUGCUCAUUAAAAUUGCCUGGAGAAGGUGAUGUUAAACUCCCAGAUUGGUCGAAGAAUUCUCCUGCAGUCUUUAUCGAUGUGAUGAGGAAGACAUUGGAGCACUGCGAUUCACUGAAUGAUUGGAUAGAUUUAAUAUUUGGGUACAAACAGUUAGGAGAAGCUGCUUUACAAUGCAAAAACAUCUUUUUGCCAUCCUCAUACCAUAACUGCAAGCUUGAGGACUUAGACAUGGAUGAGAGUGCUUUUAGCGCUCAAGUUCUGAACUUCGGCCAAUGUCCAAUUCAAUUAUUCACAAAGCCACACGCUCAAAGAGAAGAGAUAGAAAGGUUUUCAAUGCUUUUGUUUGAGCAGAAAACAUCAUUCAGCGAAAUUGAACUUAAAAACAAGUUUGCUCUUAGGGAAUUCAAAGUUGGACCGAGUGGAAAUGCAUUUCCACUCCUCUCAAGUUUGAUUCCACCAUCAUACAACAAUUUCGUAGGAAUUAUGAACUCUAAGCUGUUCAUAUCUGGCGAAAACUCGAAGACAGUCAUUUAUUCGAGCGAGUUCAACUUUGUGAAUGAUAUAUCCGUCUCUUCUGAUGGUCUCUUCUGCGCUGUUUCAUUUAACUUCGGACUCGUCAAAAUAUAUCAAAUCAUUUUUGAUAAAACUGUUCCAGUUUCUUUGACAUUUAUAAAGCAGUUGUCAUUUGCUUCACAUUGUAGAAAAUCUUCCAUUCUCAGCUCCGACUACUUGUGCGCAACAAGCACAAGCGAUGGAAAAAUCGAAAUUUGGAAUUUCGCAAGUGGAAUGACACACAAUUUACUUGAAUUCGAGAGCCCACAUACAAUGGAAUGGGAUACAUCUGAAGGUGUUCUGACAUGCUGCAACUCAAAGAUGAUUUCACAAUUCUCCAUUAAUGGAAUUUUGAUCAGAAGUUUCAAUUUCUCUGAAAUCUGUAACUGUUUUUGCGUUUUAUCAAUGGAAAGUUCGUUUGAUGGAAAGAUCAUGCUUUGCGGAAUGGAUAAUGGAAGUGUUGUAUAUUUGUGCAUAGACUCUUCGAGUUCUCAACUCUUCGAUUUGGGCAAAAAGUCAGUGUCAAGGAUGAAAUUAACUAAUUGUUUCUCAGAUUUGUAUAGAGGUCAAUGCUAUUUCUGCGAUUCAAGAGGUAAAGUUUUCACAGCAAAAAUUAAGACUAUGGCACAACAUAGAUCUUGCACAAAUUGUAAUUUCCCAGCAAAUUCAACUUGCUCAAGAUGCGGAGCAGAUAUUUGUGAAACAUGUGCAAUGUCUAAUAAUGGAAUCUGCCAAAAUUGUUCGAAGGAAAUUGGCGUAAUAACAUCAUAUAGAUUUUAA